AUGGCUGCAAAACCAGCUAAAGAGUCCCAGAACUCGGGUGCCCCGAAUCAGACGCUAUUCAUCAAGAACCUUCCGGAGAAAAUCAACAAGAAUGAACUCAAGCGCGCCCUGUACAUGCUUUUCUCCACGUAUGGACCCGUGCUUGACAUCGUUACUAGCCGUGUUGGAGCCAAAGGUCAGCACAUGCGAGGCCAGGCACACGUCGUCUUCCGCGAUAUUCAGACAAGCACGCAGGCAAUGAGAGCGUUACAAGGGUUUAACCUCUUCGGCAAAGAAAUGACGAUUGCCUACGCAAAGGGCCAGUCGAACAUAAUUCCCAAGCUCCGCGGGACCUUCGAACCUCCGACUGCUGCAGCGACUAGCGCUCCCGAGCAGACGGCACUACAAAAAUCCAUCUUCAAUGCUCCUCCAGGUGCUGCAUCCGGCACACCGGUUGAGAACGGCACAAAAGCCACCGAGACGCCCGCGGAUACGGGCCCACAUGGCAUGAAGCGACCACGUGAAGAAGUCGAAGAGGAGGACGACAACGAAGUUGAGAUGGAGGAAGAUGAGAGUGAUGCGCCUAUGGAGGAAGAUGACGAAGAUUAA